AUGAUCCAGCAGCAGGAACCAACUGUCUUCCCCCUCUCGACAACGGGAUUAAUCUUGUUGUACGAGUCACACUGGAAGCUGGCGGGAGCAAUGGUAGCGAGUCUAUUUCUAGGAAAACUUGUCGUGGGCACGAUACAGCGCGAAGCCUACCGUCACUGCGGCUAUCUUGGCGAGCUCACUUUCCAUUUUACCAUCGCAAGAACAGGUUGA